GCAAGAAGAAGAGGAGCGCAUUUUUCCUCCCUUCAUCAUCCAAAGACAACAUUCUGACACACACACACACACACACACACACACACACACACACACACACACACACACACACACACACACACACACACACACACACACACACACACACACUCACACACUGUGGUCCUCACGCCUUACUCUCCUUCUGCCGCCUUUUUCAGUCCUUUCAAAAGCGCCAAAACCCGCCAACGAGAGCACCACGCGUCUGCCUCACCCUGCACUACAUUUUAAGUUUCAUUUUUUUUUUUAUUUAUACAUUUUUUUUUGGAUUCUUCCUGACAGCGUCCCGCAGAAUCUCUGCCGAGGACAUUGAGGGACAGCGGCGACGCACAAUGAGGAGGUUAUUAACCACACCUUUGCACCUCUCCUCCGGCACCUCUUGACUGUCUUUGCAGCGCAUUAAAGAUGCGUUGGAGAGGAGUCGGAUGAUGAACUUUUUACUGCGUCCUGGAAACUUUUGCCACCCAAGUUGUGUGUUUUCGAGGAUUCUCCCAAAGUGAUCGCGUCUAAAAUUAACUGGAAGAUUCAUGAUGGUUCGCCUGUCUCGGAUCCAACUGGCUCUCUUCUUCAUCUUGCUCUGCCCGGUCAAGAUUAUCGGACUUUGGUGGGCGGCGGGCAGUCCACUGGUAAUGGACCCCAACAGCAUAUGCAGGAAGGCAAAGCGUCUGGUUGGCAAGCAGGCCGAACUCUGUCAGACCCAGCCGGAAAUAGUAAAUGAGGUGGCCAAGGGCACAAGGUUGGGCAUUAGAGAGUGCCAAUACCAGUUCAGGUACCGCCGAUGGAACUGCACGAGCCACAACAAAUACUUUGGCAAAAUACUGCAACAAGAUAUCCGAGAGACUGCGUUUGUUUAUGCCGUCACAGCUGCCGGCGUGACCCACGCAGUGACGCAGGCCUGCAGCAUGGGGGACCUGCUGCAGUGCGGCUGCGAGGCCACCAGGAACCGAGCCCCUCCAAAACCUCUGUCGUCCUCUGCUGGGGAUGGAGUCAAGUGGGAGUGGGGCGGCUGUGGAGAUGAUGUGGAAUUUGGGUACGAAAAGUCCAAACAGUUCAUGGAUGCCAAGAGGAGAAGGGGCAAGAGCGACAUCAGGACACUCAUUGACCUGCACAACAAUGAGGCCGGAAGACUGGCGGUGAAGCUCUACAUGCGGACCGAGUGCAAGUGCCACGGACUGUCCGGGUCGUGCACGUUACGCACUUGCUGGAAGAAGAUGCCGCACUUCCGCGAGAUCGGCGACCGCCUCCUGGAGCGAUUCAACGGCGCCUCCAAGGUGAUGGGCGGCAACGAUGGCAAGACUCUCAUCCCCGUGGGCCAGAACAUCAAACCUCCCGACAAGCAGGAUCUCAUCUACUCGGACGAGUCGCCAGAUUUCUGCCUGGCAAAUCGGAAAACGGGUUCACUGGGGACGCGGGGACGCAUGUGCAACAGCACCGCCAUGGACAUCAGCGGCUGCGAUUUGCUCUGCUGUCAGCGUGGCUACCGGGAGGAAACUGUGGUGUUUGAGGAGAACUGUCUGUGUCGUUUCCACUGGUGCUGUGUGGUCCAGUGCAAAAAGUGCUUGGUCCGAAAGGAGCUUAGUCUCUGUCACUGAUGAACUGGCUCGGCCUCCUUGGUUGUAUUUACUUCUUUCAAGACAUCAAACCUUUUGCCUCGGCUGUUCGGAAGGAAGAUGCUGACGGCUUUAAUACCCUUUUUUGCACCUCUCCUGCCUACAAAAAUGUCAGCAAACACUAUCACUUUUUGGCAAUGCUAUUACUGAUUGCCUCGAUUUUUGGGGAAAAACCUGUCUGGAAACUCUGUAGAUGCUUGACAAAGACACAGAAGUAAAAAACAUGGAUGUGUCUCGUCUCGGAACUACCUAUUUUUGCUUCUGUUUGAAUCAAAAAGAGCCAAAGAAUGUGAAUUUGUGUAAGUACAGAAAUAUUUUAUAGGGCACCCGUCAACUGCAGCACUUGAAGUGGACUGCUUUCGGAAUUUUCAUCAUUGACUUUAAAGGGGAACUGCACUAUUUUUGUAUUUACAAUUAGUAUGUACAAAACCCAAAACCAGUGAACCUGCCACGUUGUGUAAAUCGUAAAUAAAAAAAGAAUACAAUGAUUUGCAAAUCUUUUCCAACCUAUAUUCAAUUGAACAGACUGAAAAGACAAGAUACUUAAUGUUCGAAAUGGUAAACGUUUGGAAUUUGAUGCCUGUAACGUGUUUCAAAAAAGCUGGCACAACUGGCAAAAAAGACUGAGAAAGUUGAGGAAUGCUCAUCAAACACUUAUUUGGAACAUGCCAUAGGUGAUCAAGCUAAUUGGGAACAGGUGGCUGCUUUGAUUGGGUAUAAAAGCAACUUCCAUGAAAUGCUCAGUCAUUCACAAAGAAGGAUGGGGCGAGGGUCACCACUUUGUGAACAAAUGUGUGAGCAAAUUUUCGAACGUUAAGUAUCUUGUCUUUGCAGUCUAUUCAAUUGAAUAGACUGCAAAGACAAGAUACUUAACGUUCGAACUGGUAAUCGUUGUUGUUGUGCAAAUAUUAGCUAAUUUGGAAUUUGAUGCCUGUAACGUGUUUCAAAAAAGCUGUCAGAACUGGCAAAAAAGACUGAGAAAGUUGAGGAAUGCUCAUCAAACACUUAUUUGGAACAUCCCAUAGGUGAACAAGCUAAUUGGUAACAGGUGGGUGCCAUGAUUGGGUAUAAAAGCAACUUCCAUGAAAUGCUCAGUCAUUCACAAAGAAGGACGGGGCGAGGGUCGCCACUUUGUGAACAAAUGCGUGAGCGAAUUUUCGAACAGUUUAAGAACGACAUUUCUCAAUGAGCGAUUGUAAGAAAUUCAAGGUUUUCACCAUCUACGGUCCGUAAUAUCAUCACAAGAUUCAGAGAAGCUGGAGAAAUCCCUGCACGUAUGCGGCAAGGCCCGUGACGUUCGAUCCCUUAAGCGGUACUGCAUCAAAAAACAACAUGAGUGUGUAAAGGAUAUCACCACAUGGGCUCAGGAACACUUCGGAAAACUACUGUCAGUAACUACAGUUUGUCGCUACAUCUGUGCAAGUUAAAACUGUACUAUGCAAAGUGAAAGCCAUUUAUCAACAACACCCAGAAACGCCGCCAGCUUCGCUGGGCCCAAGCUCAUCUAAGAUGGACUGAUGCAAAGUGGAAAAGUGGUCUCUGGUCUGACGAGUCCAAAUUUCAAAUUGUUAUUGGAAACUGUGGACGUCAUGUCCUCCGGACCAAAGAGGAAAAGAACCAUCCAGGCUGUAAGUUCAAAAGCCAGCAUCUGGGAUGGUAUGGGGGGGAAUUAGUGCCCAAGGCAUAGGUAACUUACAGAUCUAUGAAGGCACCAUUAAUGCUGAAAGGUACAUACAGGUUUUGGAGAAACAUAAGUUGCCAUCCAAGCAAGGUAUUUUUCAUGGACGCCCCUGCUUAUUUCAGCAAGACGAUGCCAAGCCACAUUCUGCACGUGUUCCAACAGCGGUAUUAAUAGAGUACGGGUAUUAUACUGGCGUGCCUGUAGUUCAGACCUGUCUCCCAUUUGAAAAUGUGUGGCACAUUAUGAAGCGUAAAAUACCACAAUGAAGACUGUUGAACAACUUAACCUGUAUAUCAAGCAAGAAUUGGAAAGAAUUCCGCCUGAAAAGCUUAAAAAAUCGGUCUCCUCAGAUCCCAAAUGUUUACUGAGUGUUGUUAAAAGGAAAGGCCGUGUAACACAGUGGUAAAAAUGCCCCUGUGUCAACUUUUUUGAAAUGUGUUGCUGUCCUUAAAUUCUAAGUUGAUGAUUAUUUGCAAAAAAAAGUUUCUCAGUUCGAACAUUAAAUAUCUUGUAUUUGGAGUCUAUUCAAUUGAAUAUAAGUAGAAAAGGAUUUGCAAGUUAUUGUAUUCUGUUUUUAUUUCCCAUUUACACAACACGCCAACUUUACUGGUUUUGGGUUUUGUAAGACAAGAACACAUAUGUUUUUUUUUUUUUAUGCAUUCUAAGUCGUUAAAUGUGGCACAUACAAGGUGGCUAAAAAAGCAGCGAGUAGGAGGUGUCUAUUGCUUGGUUUUAAACAAAUUUUAAAUAAUAAUAAUUUUAAAUAUGCGUGCUGUCAAUGGGUAAUAGGCGCCAUUUAGCCAUUCUCGAAGAAAAAUGCCCUAUGCAUUCGUUCUUUUUAACUGUACGAAACAUUCCAAAUCGCGGUAAGGAUAAAGGUUUCCUCAGAGUUCCUCGAGGGGUGAUCAAAAACGCCGAGGAAAAAAGUAGCACACACUCCAGUCCAAGUGAGCAGCGUCGAAGAAUGCACAAAUUUGCAGUGAUCACUUCAUUAAAGGUUUUUUUGAUAUACGUUUAACGUUUAUUGUUUGUGGAAGUCGCUUUCUAGCAGUUCUGCUGUAGACACGGCACAAGAACCAAGCGUGCAGGUUUAACAAAGUUUUAACAAGAUUUUUCCAAAUGUUUUUCGGCAUUGUCGGAACGUUGCCGCCUCUCCCAAUCCUCUCUCUCGCUCUGCUCCUGGCCGCUUACUGUUAAAGACAACAUAUGAUUAGCUAUACACGUACCAUUCGGGCGGCAUAGCUCCGUUGGUAGAGCGGCCGUGCCAGCAACUUGAGGGUUGCAGGUUCGAUUCCCGCUUCUGCCAUUCUUGUCACUUCCAUUGUGUCCUUGGGUAAGACACUUUACCCACCUGCUCCCAGUGCCACCCACACUGGUUUAAAUGUAACUUAGAUAUUGGGUUUCACUAUGUCAAGCGCUUUGAGUCACUAGAGAAAAGCGCUAUAUAAAUAUAAUUCAGUUCACUUCACUACCACCGGUGAAAUUUAAUCACCUGCCAGCUGUGUCUCGCCAUCAGCACAUGCCCCGCCCCGGGCUGCUGGUGCUCGUCCUCAGUACCAUGGACAGCGGCGGUGACUUUUCCUCCUACAGGCAGCUCUGACUGCACUUCCCCCCACAGUGUUUUUUUAUUUAUUUAAUUAAUCAUCUUGAUAUUAUUUGUGUAUCUUAAAACAUUAAUUUGCUUUGAAAACGCACCAACUCGGUGAGUCGAAAUAAAACAAAGCAAAAGGCAAUCAAAAAUAAUCUUUCACCACAUACACAACAUUGAGAUCUAUAGUUAUAUUGUGAUAGAAGGUGGAAAAAAUGCGUAUUCGUAAACAGCAUCAACAAACAUGGCAGUGGACGCAGAAUUCAAUCAUGAAAUGCAACCUUAACCGAGCCAAAAAAUAUGCAUAUUUAUAAUGUUAAAAUGUAUCCAAGACAGGGAAAACCAGGGUUCUUGUAAAUGUAGCUUGCAUCCACAACAAGGCAACAAACAUGGCUGUAGACACAAAGUUAAAUCAUGACAUGCAACCAUACCCGAGCAAAAAAACUAUGCGUAUUUAUUCGUAAGGGUCUUGAUCCCAAUUUCCUUGACCCAGCCACAUACAGAUAAGUUGUUGGCCUCCAUGCUUUUCCAAAUUUUCAUCUGUUCCGUAGUGUAGAAUCAAGUCUGGAGCACGAAAUCGUUGGACAUGUCUGGGGACGCGACCAACAGAUAACUCUUGAUAUCAAUCGAAAAAUCUUUGGAUAAAGUAUAAGGAUGUAUUCCAUUGCAUUGUUUGAUUUUUUUUUGCUCGUAUCUGCUUUUUGCAGGAAGAUUUAGGCCCGUUGUGCAUUCAGAUCAUUUGUCUGCCGCUUGCGCUUGUUGCACAACGGCAAUCUUGGCUUGGUUGACCACCACAGUUUUUCACUUCCGGGAAGAAGUCCCAUCACGGAAUACAAGCAAUUAUCCCCAUAAAAAUAAAAUGAAAAAUAAAAAAAAACGCCAACAGUACUCAUGGGACCUGAACAAUAUAUACCAAAUAAGGUAACACUUUAGUUUGGGGAACAUAUUCUAAGUAACACAGACUUAAUUAAGAGUUAUUUGGACACUGGGGGAACAUAUUGUAAGUAACAAAUACCUCAUUUAGAGUUAUUUGGUUAGGGUUACGGUUAGAGGGUUAGGGUUAAGGCCAUGCAGAAUUAGGCAUUAAUAAGUACUUAAUAAGGACUAAUUAAGAGCCAAUAUGUUACUAAUUUGCAUGUUGCAUUCUAACCACUAGAGUGUCCGCCCUGAGAUCGGUAGGUUGUGAGUUCAAACCCCGGCCGAGUCAUACCAAAGACUAUACAAAUGGGACCCAUUAACUCCUUGUUUGGCACUCAGCAUCAAGGGUUGGAAUUGUGGGUUAAAUCACCAAAAUGAUUCCCGGGCGUGGCCACCGCUGCUGCUCACUGCUCCCUUCACCUCCCAGGGGGCAAACAAGGGGAUGGGUCAUAUGCAGAGGACAAGUUUCACCACAGCUAGUGUGUGUGUGUGACAAUCAUUGGUACUUUAACUUAACUUUAACGUUAAUAGGCAACUAAUUAAUGGUGAAUAUGUUCGACAUAUUAAAGUGUUAGCAAAAAUAACAUUAAAAUAGUUUGUCUGCAUUAGUGAUUACAAUAACAAUAUCGUUAAAUAGUGCUAUCUGCGCCAUGAUCAAAAAAAUCUAACUAAUGAGUGCUUCUAUGUUGACAUUUUAUAUAGGUUUCUAGAUCGACAUUUUUCCCGAAGUGGUCUCUGAUGGUUUUAAUGACGUCUGUCAUGAUUAGUAGCAGUUGUUGUCAUUCGAGGUAAAAUAGAAUAUGGUGCGUCUGCGAAAUAAUGUGCCACCACAUGCUUAAAAGCCUACUGAAAUGAGAUUUUCUUAUUUAAACAGGGAUAGCAGGUCCAUUCUAUGUGUCAUACGUGAUCAUCUUGCGAUAUUGCCAUAUUUUUGCUGAAAUGAUUUAGUAGAGAACAUCGACGAUAAAGUUCGCAACUUUUGGUCGCUAAUAAAAAAGCCUUGCCUGUACCGGAAGUAGCAGACGAUGUGCGCGUGACGUCACCGGUGUGAGGGCUCCUCACAUCCUCACAAUGUUUAUAAUCAUAGCCACCAGCAGCAGGAGUAAUUUGGACCGAGACAGCGACAAUUUCCCCAUUAAUUUGAGCAAGGAUGAAAGAUUUGUGGAUGAGGAAAGUUAGAGUGAAGCACUAAAAAAAAAGAAAAGAAAAGGCGACGGCUCCUGGCGGCGGCAGUGGGAGUGAUUCAGAUGUUAAUAGACACAUUUACUAGGAUAAUUCUGGAAAAUCCCUUAUCUGCUUAUUGUGUUAAUAGUGUUUUAGUGAGAUUAUAAAGUCAUACCUGAAAGUCGGAGGGCUGCGGAGAACGCCAGUGUCUCUGAGAGAAGCCAAUGGAGGAGCCAAGAUCACAGCUGCGUUUUUAACAGCUGCAGAAGGAGGUCGCAUAAUCCGCUGAAGUCUCCGGUAAGAGCCGACUUAAUAUCACAAUUGGUUGACAUCUGGUAGAGAAACACGUUCGCUUGACCGUUCUGUGUAAAGCUUCACAACAAACAAAGAAACACCAGCUGUGUUUUGGUUGCUAAAGGCAGCUGCCAUUACCUCCAUUGUUAGCUGACUUUUGCUAACAUUUAUUUACAGGUUAGAAUGCAUAAAAAAAGAAAGACGUUGUGAAUAAUUGGCAGCGUUCCCGAAAAAGUGCAGUUCCCCUUUAAGUGUCUCACAUUUAUAAGACAUGGUUCAGGUAACACAAUUCACAUUUUGAUUUAUUUAUUUAAUAAUCCCCAUUUGAAAUCAAGCCUAGAUUACAAAAGGAUAAAAAAGACACAUGUUAAUAAUGAGUUUGUCACUGGGACAUAAAGACCUCAAAUAUACAAGAUAUUUAGAAGAAUCGAGUUAACGUUGCUUUUUCAGCCUAUGCUCUGGAGCAAAUAUCCAAGCUCGGGAGAGAAUAACCACUGUCUCCACUCAAACAGUUUGCCAUUUAAAAAUACAGAAAAGGAAUAAUGACCUUUAUAAAUGGCGUCGUGUUGUCUUUACAGAUUCUGUUUAUUCCUAAUGUUGUAUUGUUCCUCAAUUGUCGAGAAAACCCGUUGCACGCAAUGUCAUAUGUGUUCUUUUUGCAAAACUUGCAUUUUUCACAACUUGAAAAUGUCCUUUUAAGGGUCACCAAAACUCGAAUAAGAAACUCGCGGUAAAUCAAAACUAUGUUACUUUUAAAUGUGGAUAAGUAUGGCAAAGAGAUGUUAUCGGUUGGAAGUCAAUUCAGACCAAGUUAAAGGUUUUAUGUGAAUUUUAUUUACAUUGUCACCUCUAUUUCUUCACACGGGUGUAUGCGAGCAUUUACAUUCUGGAUGUGUAGACAUGCUGGUUAUUUUAAUUCAAGCACACCCAAGGGAAACAGUAUGUUUUACUUUAAAGCCCCCCAAAAAUCAAAUAAAUGCACUAGAUGUAAUGAAGCAUAUGAUCCCUGAAAUGUAAUCCAACCUUUGGGGCAGAUUUGGCCACGUUUCCAUCUAUAAUAAACAACAAUGGGCGACAGUCA